GAUAUUAAAUGCUCUCCGGAAGUUGUGAAGUUCUGGGAUGAUCGCAAAACUCAAAUUUUACAGAAAGAUCUCCAGUACUUCAAACUAAAUUACGUUCUCGACUGUAGCAAGGAAUUGAACCUACAUGCUAAUACAAUUGGAAACAAAAGACACGAAUUAAUUAAAGAAAAUCAUAAACGUAGCUUCGAAGAUUACGAAGACGAUCAAAACUCCCAAAAGCGUCGUUCAACAAAUAGUUGUGAUGAAGCGAUAGGACCUGAACGACUAUAUAAUAACCGAAGAGGAGUCCUCCACCUCGACCAUGUCCUACAUCCAGUCAUUCCAGUAGAGUCUUCCACUUCAAACGAUCUGGUAAUUGAUACAAAAGACGAAGAUGUAUUUAAUGUGAUGUUACGUGAAACAUAUCUAAAGAUACGACAGAAUAUCCACAGUUGUCUUUCACAGAGAGACCUCGCAAAUAUAGAUAAAUUGGAGGAUGGUGAGAUUUUUUUCUUCUCGUCGGAUAUUGAAGAAAUCUUGUAA